UAGAGGGAUGCCUUUCGUCUUCUAGAUUUCGAUAGGCAGAAAUCUUUAUUCGAGCUCGAACAGCUUUAUUUUCUCUCCUUCACUCUCCCAGUGCGCCCUCCCGCUCUAGUGCAAGCCUACUGUAUUUCUGCUGCAGAGUGGGGCGUGUGACGUCAACGAAUGCUGGAGCGGCUCCUUGGCUCGAGCGAGAAAUGGGGAGAAAAUUGCGAGGGCCAAAGGUAAUGGUGAGACAGAAGUAACGGAGAAAAGAGGAACAAAUCAACAACCUAGGAAGAUUCUGAAUCUGUGUGGGUUUGUGUGUGUGUGUGUGUGUGUGUCAGACUUCCAUUAUGCAUGAAUGGCCUUUGGUCUUCUUCUCGCCUCCCUCGGACAUCCCUCUUCCUUCUCGCCCUCAUCUAACUCCCACCUCCACCCUCAUCUCACCACCACCAUUUUUGCACCAUGAGAGGAUCCGCCCGGUACUUGGCGAGUAGUAAGCUCGCGGCGUGUUAGCGCCGCUGAGCCCUGUGCCGCGUGAGGGCCCCCCGCCGGCCUCUCGUGGAAUGGCUUCUCUGGACCUGCCCUACCGCUGUCCUCGUUGCGGGGAGCACAAGCGCUUCCGAUCGCUGUCCUCCCUCCGCGCCCACCUGGAGUACAACCACACCUACGAGACGCUCUACGUGCUCUCCAAGUCCAACAGCGUGUGCGACGCCGCUGCGCUACUCCCCCUGGUGGCCGACGGAGACCUUCUCCUUGCUCCUUCUGUUGCCAGCGGCAACCGCAACAACAACAUUAACGACCCCUUCGACGGUCUUCAACUCCGGUCUUCCGCCUUCAGGGACUUCAAGGAGCGCCGCUUCCCGUGCCGCGAGCUUCCCUGCCCGGACGACCUCGGCGGUUUAUCCACAACGUCCAACGCCGCGGCUUGCUACAUCCCCAAUGUAGAUUUCCCCCUGGGGGAGAUCUUUGUGAAGAAAGCCAUGAGCUCCGCCGGUGACCACCAGGGUUCGCACGGCAACCAAAGCACGGCCGUGGCAGUGGCGGCGAAUGUGGCGGCGAGCGCGGUCGAAGCGGCCUAUGAGGAGGGCCUGGCCAGGCUGAAGGCAAGGGCCUUUGAGCGUCUGGAGCUGGACGAGAGGCUUGAGAAACUCUCAGAGGAGGUGGAGCAGAAGAUAGCUGCACGAGUGGGCCGGCUGCAGGCGGAGCUGGAGAGGAAGAGCGGCGAGCUAGAGCGGGCCAAGCAGGAGAGCGAGCGGCUGGGCCAGGAGAAACAGGACCUAGAGGACAAGGCGUCGGAGCUCUCCCGCCAGGUGGACGUUUCUGUGGAGAUGCUGGCCAACCUCAAGCAGGACUUGGUCAGCAAGGAGGAGGAGCUCACCAACAAACAACAGGAGGUAACCCAGAUAGACCAGUUCCUCCAGGAGACGGCGGCGCGGGAGGCCAAUGCCAAGGUGCGCCUGCAGCAGUUCAUUGAGGAGCUCCUGGACCGUGCCGACCGCGCUGAGAAACAGCUGCAGAUCAUCAGCAGCUGCGGGACCACGCCCAACGGCAGCAUGGGACGCUACAGCCUGCCCGGCUCCAACAAGGGCUCCAACAAUGGACGCCAGAGGAACUCCAGUAUCUCGGGGACGUCCAGGGGCAUGUACCAGGUCUCAGACCGACGAUCCUCUCCCAGCACCGGAGCGUCGGGCCGGGUCAAGUCCUGCUCCCAGGGCUCGGGCGGGGGCUACGACAGCGGCGAAAGCGUGGAGAUGCACCCCAUGGAAGAGUGCCCCGAGGGCCAGUACUACCACGUCCAGUGUCGGCUGGGGGAAGGGGGCGGACAGGGAGGGGGCGGACAGUGCUACGAGAGGGCCGGGGUGUCCCGGAGCUGGGGACUCCGCAAGCAGGCCAUCCAGAACUGGCAGCGGCGACCGUACCGGAACAGCACGGAGGGGGAGGAGGGUGACAUGUCGGACGUGGGCUCCAGGACUACCGAGUCGGAGGCGGAGAUGUGGGAGCAGCAGGAGAGGAGGGCCACCAUGGCCGAGACGCAGCAGUCUGGAGCACCAAGACAAUCUGGAUACCGUCUUGGCACAGGGCGGUCCGAGGGGGGCUACCGCCACAACAAGCCGUGUCGCCACGACAAGAGCCCGUCCCGGUCCAACAACGAGGUGAUCAGCCCGGAGAUACUGAAGAUGAGGGCGGCUCUGUUCUGUAUCUUUACCUACCUGGAUACCAAGACCCUGUUGAGGGCCGCAGAGGUCUGCAGGGACUGGAGGUUUGUGGCCCGCCACCCUGCCGUGUGGACCCGGGUGCUGCUGGAGAACGCCCGCAUUUCCUCCAAGUUCCUGAGUACACUGUCCCAGUGGUGCACCCAGACCCAUUCCCUCAUCCUCCAGAACCUCAAACCACGACAGAGGGGCAAAAAGGAGAUCAAGGAGGAGUACCUCAAGAGCACACGUGGUUGUCUGGAGGAGGGUCUGGAGUCCUUGCUGAAGGCUACAGGAGGGAACCUAUUGAUCUUCAAGGUGUCCCAUUGUCCCAACCUGCUAACUGACCGCUCCCUGUGGCUCGCCAGCUGCUACUGCCGAGCCCUGCAGGCCGUCACAUACAGGAGUGCCACAGACCCCGUAGGACAGGAGGUGAUCUGGGCUCUAGGAGCAGGCUGUAGAGACAUAAUCUCCCUCCAGGUGGCACCACUACAUCCAUGCCAACAACCGGCUCGCUUCAGCAACCGAUGCCUGCAGACCAUUGGCCGAUGCUGGCCACACCUCAGAGCCUUGGGCGUGGGCGGGGCAGGGUGUGGCAUUCAGGGGCUAGCCUCGUUGGCGAGGAACUGCAUGCGUCUGCAGGUGUUGGAGCUGGACCAUGUGAGUGAGGUCAACCAGGAAGUGGCAGCUGAGGUGUGCAGGGAGGGUCUGAAGGGCCUGGAGAUGCUGGUCCUCACCUCCACCCCGGUCACCCCUAAGGCCCUGCUACACUUCAACAGUGUGUGUCGUAACCUGAAGUCCAUCGUGGUGCAGAUCGGUGUAGAGGACUACUUCGAGGACCCCAACAGCCCAGAGGCCAGGAAGCUCUUUGACGAGAUGGUGAACAAGCUGCAGGGUUUGAAGAAGAGACCGGGCUUCUCCAAGAUUCUGCACGUGAAGGCGGACAUCCUCUGCUAACCCCCUCCACCACUCAGGACCCCCAAAGAAGAACGGUCGGCCAUUUUGUUUCCAGCCACACCAACAGAACAGACCCAGUCAUUUGAAACCCCUUGAUGCGACGUGAGGACGAAACAGCCUGAAGUACCAGUCAGCCAACACACACAUAACUGAAGAGGAAAUUAAUCAACUGUUGGAGAAAGUGGAAGUUGAUAAACAUGCUUCUUUAUUGUUAAAAAUAAAACCAAUGUGUUUUCGGCCCUUAGCCUUGACUAAAAGACAGACAGACACCACAGACAGACGCUCCAUAGACCACUACAAUGCCAACUGGAGAGAUGAAAAUGGAGUACAGGACAGAGUAUAGACAAGACAAGAAGCCUGGGUAGGUCAGGUCUACACCUUACCCUGGAGCAUACAAACCCAGUGGAGAUUCUCAUAAAGGGACCAAACCCUCCUUUACCAUAGAGAUGUACUAGAGAGCUCAUCUCUUAUCUCUGCAAUGGCUGCUAUUUUGACUGCAUGGGCAGCACCAUUGAGGGCUAUCUCCAUUUUAAAGUAGUACAUUUUGUGUGUCCUCUAUCCAACUCUAUGGUGUGGUAAAGACAUCAUCAGGCAGGUAACAAGACCAGGAGCCCCUAAGUCUCCGCCAAAACUAACAGGGACCCUGCCUGUGACUUGCUGACCUGCCAAACAGAUUUGAAACAUAAACUCAACAGGACUAUUGGACUUUUUAAAUGCUGUAAUCUCGGCGGCCAUUUUGAUUUCAACAGAGAACAGAGCUGUAAGCAGGAGGAUGGAUGUCAUAAAGGAGCAGGCUCUCGUUCUCUCUUUAUUCACUGAGAGCAUUGCAGAGAAUGUGUCUGGGAUGCUUUUUAUCAAGAUGCUAAACUGAGAGCAUAUUCUGUGGAAAAGCACAUGAACAGGAAAGGGAUGGACGGUGUGUGUGUUUGUCUUCUCCGAGGAUUUUGACCCUGUCCUGAGCCAGAGGAUUUAGUUAAAAUAGACCCUCAACUCCCAACCUCUCUGUGUGUGUGUGUGUAAGGGAGGGCAAAACAUGACAUACCAGCUUCAGACUUGGUCAGACAUAAAACGAGAAGAUAUCUUGUCACCUUGAGACAAUUUUUUAUUCCAAGGUCUUUAUCGGCCUAUCAGUCGCUCCAUGGUGUGGUCGCCAUGGGAACAGUGCAGUAUCAGCCGAGCACCGUCUCUCGAUUUUCAGCUGUCAAUUACUUUUGUCUGUGGAACUCUUACAGUAUCUAUAGGCCGGUUGGUCCAUAAGGCAGCUACUGUUGAUUCGUUUUUAAACAGGGUUGCAAAUGGAUUCAUUAUGCCUUUAUUUCAGAAUUGAUGCCAUUCAUAGCUGUGUGUUCUAUCUUCAUUUCGUAAAGUGUUUUCUCCAAUGUGCCACUAAUCUAUAGGAGCGAAUACAUACAUAUGUUACAUCCCAAAUGCACCCUAUUCCCUAUGUAGCGUAAUACUUUUGACCAGGGCUCAUAAGGCUCUGGUCAAAAGUAGUACACUGUAUAGGGAAUAGGGUGCCAGUUGAGAAAUGGCUAUAUCCUACAUCCAGUGCACGCAAACCACAACUUCCAUGAGCAAAAAGAGUUGCUGAUCGUUGAUUGACAUGAUGCAAUUUAUGUUAACUGGCUAUAAACAUAAUGUAUAAUACAUGUUACAUGUAUGUAUGUUACAGCCGUUUAUUAUGAUAUAUACGUUGUUGUAUUUACAGCCAGUACACAGGAAGGGCUUUUUAUUGUCUGCCCAUUGCAUGGAGUUGGAUAGAGGGCACGUGUUUGCCUCUUUGCCACAAUGGCUUCAUAAGUGUACCCUCUAUCCAACUCUAUGGCCAGUUGCAAUUUGUUCGAUGUCAUAGAUCAGCUGGCUCUCUCUGGAGCCCUCUGCUGAGCAGGAUGACUGAUGCAACUACACACAGCUGGUGGAGAAGUAGGAAGUAUCUCUGGGUGCCUCCCAAAUGGCAUCCUAUUCCCUACUAUGUAGUGCACUACUUUUGACCAGGGCCCAUAGGGCUCUGGUCAAAGGUAGUGCACUAUAUAGGGAAUAGGGUGACAUUUGGAAUGCCGACUUGAUCUCAAUUGCCUCAAAAUCCUCUUCUUGUUUCUUCAUCUGCACUGAUUGCCUUGUCAAGUGAAAACAAAAUGGUGGAAGCUCAUUAUUAGGCUGUCUUUCACCUGACCAGUUAUUUUAGCUCAGCGCAAUGAAGGUUGAAGAGGACAGAGUUGUUAGACAAUUGAGAAAGAUAGCCUGUAUGUAUCCACUCGCAAUACUGUACCUUUAUUGCUUCAGGCAUUCAAGCAAGUCGUCGAGCUCAGGCAACAAUGCACACGGACCCAAACCAUGCAUCCACUCCAGGGAGGCAUCUCAAGUCUAAUGUGGACUUCUUCAGACAGAAGACAACAGUUGGAAGCUGAUCCUCUGGUAGGCUAUGAUUUAUCCAUUGUUCGUAGAUCAAGGAAAGGAAACAAGGAGAGAAAGCCAUUUUAGACUAUUGAGAUGCAGCCCGUGUGCUGGAGAGGAAAGGCUGCAGGGCAAUCCUUUGCUUCCCCGUUAGUUUUUUCAAUGGAGAGAUGUUUAGUAAAGUUGAGCACCGAGUUCUGUUCUAAGUUAUGUGCUGGUUUGUUGUAGUGCUAGCCUGAUGUGAACACACACACACUACAGUUGUGGUUGCUCAUCUCUCCAUGUUCUCUUCCAAUACUGAAUAUUGUACUGCCGUGGUGGUUGUGAAAAGACUAGAGGGGGUUGAAAGACUUGCCCCUCAGAGAAUGGAAAGGGGUUUCAAGCAAAAGGUGUUUUUAACAUCGCUGUCACAAUAGAGAAAACACAAUGCACUUGUUUAUUUAAUUGCGCUCCAAAUGGUACCCUUUUCCCUGUACUGUAUAGUGAACUACUGUACUUUAGACCAGGGCCCAUAGGGCUCCGGUCAAAAGUAGUGCACUAUAUAGGGAGUAGGGUGCCAUUCGGGAUGCAACUUUAGGGGGUUUUCAGUUCCUGACAAUCUUGUCUUCUUUAAGACUGUAAACACUGUACAUAAUGUUGUUUAUAAUAUAAAAAGAUUACUGCAUUUGGUGUUAUACAAAUUAAGGUCAUAAGUAUAAGGAUCUUCAUGAUGAAAAAAAUAAUAUUAAGAGUCUACAGGUGUCGAUUCUGAAACGUUUUCUCUCCAAAGUCGAGAUGCAACUAUAUUAUGUAUAAACGGUAGUGUUGAAAUUUGCAGUUGUGUACUAUAGAUACUUUAUAUUCAAUGUUCAUCAGAAAUGUGCUAUAGAGAUGGACAUUAUUUAAGAAAGAAAGAGGAUAAAGAUUAUUUGAGCUAUUUAUUUCUAUAAAAAGAGAGGUCUAUAAUGUUGGCAUGUUUGUGUUCAUGCAUCAAUCAUCACGUUGCCUUUAACAUAUUCUGCUGUAGUAGCUGUAGUUAUAAAUUAAUGUUUAAAAAGAUUUUAAGAUUGCUUGCAAAGGUUUAUGCUGUAUUUUAUUUUUAAUACGUCUGUUGCACUAGUGGGAAAAAAUAAGAUAAUACUGAUAUUUAAUAUUAGUGCUGUUUUUUAAUGUUUAAAACGCUUUCUCAGUAUUUGACAUAUUAUGAUGCACUUUUUUCUAGAGCGCUUUUAGAGGUCCAUGGUGGUUCUGUAAGAUUAUGAAAAAUCACACUUUUCAGUCAACAUUAUCAUGCUGUUUCCAUGGUUUCCUCUGUUGUGUGUGUGCAAUAGGUUGGUUGCUCUCUUACAUAGUCAUGUGAUGAAGAUUGGUUGAUUUGUUUAAACUGAAUGGUGGCCAAUGAGGGGCAAGAAGUUCGAAGACUUUGACCAGUAGCCAAUGGCAAUGAAGAGUUUUUAACAUGUCACACAAUGCAAAACCUAUUUUAUCGCCUAUAUCUGUCAUACCUCUCUCUCAUUGGCUGUUGAAAUGUAUGGUUCAACUGCAUUUCAAGUACUUUUGAGGUUCAUUUUACACCAACAUGACCUUAUGCUCACAAUCAUGAUCGUUACCAGGUAUUGGCAAAUAUAACUACGUUUGUGUACUCUGUGUUUGUGUUGGUUUGCUUUAAAGCUUCUUAACCAGAUGUAUUGUGUGACAGAAGUCCUGCUGAAAUUGUUUUAGAACAUACAUGUCCUGAAAACAGAAUCGAAUGAGAUUAAUAGUUGAAGAGGAGUCAUUAUGACAAAAACAUACUGUAUGUCAGGGUUCCUCAACUGGCGGCCCCGGGCACUGAUUUUAUUUGCAUUUUAUUUUAUUUCUGAGCAACAAAAUAACUUUUGUACGAUUCUUUUUUUUUAAAAUGGUUGGACAUAAGACUGUAAAAACAACACCAAAUCAGCUCCAAUUGAUUUUCAUUUUGGAAAUCUGUUCCAAAGUAUUCUCAUGCAUAAUAGAGAGAGAUAUCUGAUGGUAUACAAGUGUAAGCAAGGUUUGAAAUGAUUAUGUUUUAGUCAAAUAUACAGUACCAGUCAAAGGUUUCUUUAUUUUU